AUGUCUCGAGCCACGAUUGGAGCUGGCGGUGACGUUGAUGGCGAUGAAACCCUUUUCCUGGAAAAGAUUGCUCUGAAGGGGCUCCUUAUCUUACGGACAUGUAUCAAAAUGGCCUUUUAUCCUGCGCACAGCUUCAAGUAUCAACAUGCCCAGGAUAAAGAAGAAAAGAGUCAAUCUAUUGAAUUGAUCAAGUCUCAGCUACUGACUCACGACUUCGUAGCGCAGGUCAUGGAACUGGUUAUAACUCGGUUCUUUGUCAUUCAUGCAAGUGACCUUCAACAAUGGGAGGAAGAUCCCGAAGAGUGGGAGAAGCGCGAGGAUGAGAUUGCAGAUGCAUACGACUUCUCCAUCCGUGCUUGCUCCGAAAAAGUAUAUCUUGAUCUCCUCAUCCACUUCAAGGAGCUUCUUGUCCCCAAACUACUACAAGUGUUCUAUUCCUAUGCCAACCCCCAGAAUCAGGAAGUUUUCUUGAAAGAUUCUCUUUAUUCCGCUAUCGGCCUUGGUGCUGCAAUAUUGGAGAAGGAGAUUGAUUUUAAUGCAUUUUUAUCAUCAACCCUUAUCCCAGAGGUCCAAAUUCAACAACCAGGGUAUAAUAUACUUAGACGAAGAAUAGCAAUACUGCUCGGCCAAUGGGUGCCCGUGAAAUCCGACGAAUUAGAUGUGUCGUCGAUUUACCAAAUUUUUCAACAUUUACUGAACAAGAACGAUCCUGCUAAUGACCAAGUUGUUCGCGUAACUGCUGGUCGCCAAUUGAAAAAUGUUUUAGAGCCAUUUGAUUUCAGCGUUGACCGGUUCUUGCCCUAUGCGGCUACCACACUUCAGAGCCUCAUGGAUCUAAUCAGCGAAGUAAGUCUAUCGGAGACGAAAAUGGCACUUCUUGGGACGGUUCGCGUUGCUAUAGUGAAAAUGGAAGACCAGAUUGCGCCAUAUGCGGACCAGAUUAUCUCCCUAUUACCACCAUUGUGGGAACAAUCAAACGAAGAAUAUCUCAUGAAGCAAGCGAUCCUCACUUUGCUUUCUUCCUUAAUUCAUUCCAUGAAACAAGAGUCCAUCCGAUACCAUCCGAUAAUUAUUCCUCUCAUCCAAAAAUCCGUAGUUCCAGGAUCGGAGGCAUUAGUUUAUCUGUUAGAGGAAGCCCUGGACCUCUGGUCUGCCGUCCUCAUGCAAGCUCCAUCUCCAGCCUCGCCUGAACUUCUCCAGCUUUUACCGUCUCUCUUCCCUGUUUUUGACAUUGGCACCGAAAGUAUCUGUCAAACUCUAGAAGUCACCGAAUCCUAUAUUCUGCUUGCUCCUCAAGAAAUUCUCAACGAUCAUACCCGUUUCCAGUUACUCGUCUCAUUGGAGGCCCUCCUUAAUGCGACUUCACGACAGCGUAUUGGAGUGGUUCCACGUCUUGCUGAACUACUAAUCCGAGCAGUAGAGUUUGUCGAUCCUGGAAACGAACAAGCUUAUUCGAUCGUCGCCAAAUCUCUUCUAGACUCUUCAUUCCUUCUCACACUUCUUUCUGGUCUCCGUGAAACCUACGAAGCCCACCUCACUACCGGACCAAAUAAAAAGUACCCUGAGGUCCAGGGCGUUGUGGAAACAGACUAUUUCUCUGUCCUUGCGAGGAUUGCCCUAUCUAGCCCCAAAAUAUUCCUGACAUCCGUUGUAUCUGCUAUGGGCCAUUCAUCCGAAGAAGAAUCAGUCAACUGGAUAUUAACAGAGUGGUUUUCUCAUUUUGAUAACGUGGGUGAUAUUAAUCGCAAGAAGCUACACGGGUUGGCGUUAACGCACCUCCUCUCCAUCAACGGCCCGUCAACACCACCCCCAGGCUACCUUCUUAACCAUCUACAAUCUUAUCUUGUCGUGUGGACCGACCUCAUUAGAGAACUAGCUGAGGGUACCGAUUAUGAUCCUAGUGAUCCCCGGGGCGGCGAUUACCUCAUUGUCUGGAACACAAACGCGGCAGGAGGUGAAACCGAUGGGAAAUAUCAUAACAACGAGCCGCCAGAAACCACCCGUCGACGUGCCUGGAGUAAUGCGGACCCCGUGCACAAGAUCAAUUUCCGCCAUUUCGUCACAGAGAAUCUGCGGGGAGUUGUUGGCGCGUGCGGUGGGAUUGUUAAGUUUAGAGAUGAGUGGUUGAUCAAUGUUGAUCAGGAUGUUGUAAAUGGCUUUGGGGAGUUGGGGGUGUUGUAG